CUUGUCUUUGAAACAUUUUCACGACUGUUUUGGAUAGGUAGCUAAGUUGCCUUGCAUAAAAUCGCCGAAUAUUCUAUCAAAUCGAGGGAAAAUGUAUUUACUUUAAUAUUAUUUACUAUUAUUCGUGAAUAAAAAUGGGCUAUGAAUAGAUAUAACGUGUUUCUGUUUGUGUUGCUUCUGAUAAACAGCAGUUCAGCCAUUUACAUGAAAGAUGGAUUCUAAUGGUAAAACGAGCAGCAGCAGUGAUGAUACAAAUAAUGAAGAUAAAGCAAUAAAUGGGUUAACGAACCUCCGUACGUUGAAGAGGUCUCGCCGUCAGCGGACCGAAAAACGCGAGUUCCUGCACGAGUACAGAAUGUCCAAAAUGCCAAAUGUGCCAGUGAUCAGUGAAGAGCAUUUACUGGAACCGGAAUCCAGUUCAGAUGUUCCGUCUCCUGCCGCCAAUGAGGACUGCGAAGAACUGCCAUCAGUCGCUGUGCCUGGGUUGAAUGGAGACAAUGAUUCAUUGGCUAAAGAUGACUUAUUAGGUGAUAGUGAUUCCUCGACAUCGCAAACUGAACUAAAUUCACAGGAGGAUAAAGGAAAUUCAGAAGAGGAAAAUGUUAUAUCAAAACGUCGCAAAGCGAAUGCAAUAUCGUCGGAUUCGGAGGCGGGUUCCUCGCGAAGAAAGGAUCACAGAAUGAGUGAUUUCGAGGAUUCGGAAGAUGAUGGUUCAGAAACGGUUAAGAGGAAACGGAAGAAAAAUAAACGGUUGGACGAAGAUAGUGAGGGUUCUGGCUCUAGUGAUGGCAAAAAGAAGAGACGACGUAUAAAGAAUAUAGAUGACAGUGAUGGAUCAGGUUCGGAAACGGAAAACGAAGGUCGGAAUAAACAUGGAAGAAAGAAUAUUCGUAAGGUUAUGGGUAAAAAUCAACUCGAAGAAGCCACCAAGAAAGCGGCCCGAGAGGAGAAGGAAAGAAUCGCUCGAAUCACAGAAAGGCAAAAAUUGUACAAUAACCUGCAAUUUGAUGAGUCUGGUAAACCUGAUGAAGUGGUAUUGGAUAAAGUCAUACUCGAUUUUGAUCCUGAUACAAAGGAACCAACUAUUGAGGUCGAUAAAGGACUUGUCAGGAAACUUAAGCCGCAUCAGGCAAACGGUAUAAAGUUCAUGUGGGACGCUUGCUUCGAGAGCGUGAAACGAAUCAAGAAGGGAAAAGGAUCUGGUUGUAUCUUAGCGCAUUGUAUGGGACUCGGGAAGACGUUACAGGUUGUCUCUCUCACUCACACGCUGCUAACUCAUAGUGACCUCACAAGCGUGAAUCGUGUACUGGUCGUGUGCCCGCUAUCAACUGUAUUGAAUUGGGUCAAUGAGUUCAAAAUGUGGUUAAAACACUCCGAAGCCGACUAUGAAGUGGAUGUCUAUGAGUUAUCUAGGUUCAAACAAAACUCUGAUCGGGCAUUUCAACUGUCGCAAUGGUACCAACAUGGCGGCGUGUGCGUGCUCGGUUAUGAGAUGUUUCGGAAUCUAUCUUCGGACAGUAAUAAAAAAUUCAAGAAGAAAAUGCUUAAAAACUUCCAAGAGAGUCUUGUUGAUCCAGGACCUGAUCUAGUAGUGUGUGAUGAAGGGCAUUUAUUAAAGAACGAAAAGACAAGUCUAUCUCAAGCCAUGAACAAAGUGAAGACAUUACGGCGUAUUGUACUAACUGGAACGCCAUUGCAGAAUAAUCUUAAAGAAUAUUACUGCAUGGUGCAAUUCGUGAAGCCGAACCUACUUGGUAAAUACAAUGAGUACUUGAAUCGGUUCGUGAAUCCCAUCACCAAUGGACAGUAUACGGAUUCCACUGAACACGAUAUCAAGAUUAUGAAGAGACGAUCUCAUGUCCUCCACAAGAUGCUGGAUGGCGCUGUACAGCGACGAGAUUACGGUGUCCUCGCACCGUUUCUUCCGCCGAAGCACGAGUACGUUCUUUUCAUCACCCUCACGGAAGUACAAAGCAAAUUGUAUACGCACUAUUUGGAUAACUAUUCGCGAAGACCUCUCCCGGGCAAGUCUUCAGGAUUCCUAUUCCCGGAUUUCCAAUCUCUUCAACGAAUAUGGACGCAUCCCUUAGUUCUAAAAUACAAUUCUGAGAGAUAUGAAAUCAUGCAACAGAAAAAGAGAGAAAGAGAAGAAGAGGACUCGGAAGGUUCCCUAGUAGACUUCAUUAAUGAUGACUCUACUCCAGAUGAAACGUCAACCGAAGAAUCGUCAGAUGAUUCUUCGGGUAUGAGUGAUGACAGCCGCAAGAAGAGUAAGAAGAAGAAGUCGCCGAAGAAGAGUAAAGGCCGUUCUACGCGACGUGGUACCCGGGCAAACCCUGUGGAAGCCGAAGACGACGAUGUACAAGAGGUGAUAGAGGUGAAGAAUGAGAACCCAACAGAAUGGUGGAUGUCACUCGUGAACGAAGAAGAGCUGGACGAUGUGCGGAACUCGCACAAACUAGUUUUACUUUUUGAUAUUUUGCGGCAGUGUGAAGCUAUUGGGGAUAAAUUAUUGGUGUUUUCUCAAUCAUUGUACUCAUUAGAUUUGAUUGAGCAUUUCUUGGGAAAAGUAGACGAAGCCACGCAGGAGGGACGAGUGGAUGAAAAAUUGGGGGGACACGUUGGAUCCUGGUCUCCCGGCGUAGACUACUUCAGAUUAGACGGUUCCACGUCGUGCGAGAAUAGAUCAAUUUGGUGCAAAAACUUUAAUAGAGAAGACAAUCCUAGAGCGAGAUUAUUCCUUAUAUCAACCCGAGCUGGUGGUCUCGGUAUAAAUCUGGUAGCUGCAAACCGGGUGGUAAUUUUUGAUGUAUCAUGGAAUCCAUCGCAUGAUGUGCAGAGUAUCUUCAGAGUUUACCGAUUUGGGCAGAAAAAACCUUGUUAUGUUUACCGGUUUCUUGUUAUGGGAACAAUGGAAGAGAAGAUUUACGAGCGGCAAGUGACGAAACAGGCGAUUUCGAAGAGGGUCAUCGAUGAGCAGCAGAUCGACAGACAUUAUGCGGAGAACGAUCUCGCGGAGUUGUACAAGUUCGAGCCGAAACCGCCUCAGCCGAGGCCCAUUCCGCCCUUGCCCAAGGACAGACUGUUCGCCGAAAUGCUUAAGGAACAUGAACAAUUGAUAUACAAAUACCACGAGCACGAUUCCCUCCUUGAAAACAAAGAAGAAGAAACGCUGACGGAAGAAGAGAGGAAAGCGGCAUGGGAGGACUUCGAGAAUGAGAAGACUAGGCCUCCGCCCGCAGUCUUCGCGCAGCCUUACGCUAUGCAUAAUGGCAUGAUGUUGGCACAGCAACAGCAGUUGGCGUACGCGGCUCUGGCAGCCACUCUUCGUAAAGAAGCUCCCACUAUCACCGAGAACCAGAUACGAGAUAUGAUACCACUUAUAUAUGGUGCUAACCCACAGAUGUUCGCAGGAUAUGAUUAUAGUCUCAUGCAAAAGUUGGGUGAAAUGUACAAAUACCCACAAUCAGGCAUGAUGAAUCCGGGGAUGAUGAAUGCUGUCAUGAAUUCUGGUGCUGGUGGUGGCAGUAUGCCGCUAGGUGGCAGCAGCGGGCUACAGUAUGAACCGCCUUGGCAGCGACAGCAGCAGAUGCGAUUGCAGCAACUGAUGCAGCAGCAAAAUCAAAUGGGUGCGAAGUUCUACGCGGGAGGUCUAGGCAGUCGUGACCCCGUGGCGAUGGCCCUGCAGCAUCAGAGGGCGCGGGAGAUGAUGCUGGGAGAGCGGACACGCCCACGCGGACGUCCGCCGCAUCGCGAUACUGCGCCAAGGACCAACUCACACGACGUUGUUAACCUUGACUCGGAUUAGAAGAAUACUACAAAUGAACUCUGUACAGUGAAUGAUAUUAAGGUGCUACGCAGGAAGGAUAGUUGGUACAUGAGCCGGAGUGGGCCAAACUAGGCAUACUGUGUAGUUUUACUAUAGACACACCCUACACUACAUAUCAUGAAUCUCAUUUGACAUCGCACACAAACUCACAACUAGAAAAAUAAAUUACCUAUGCUUGUAGCUACAAAUCCAAGAGAUUAGGAUAUUUUUUUAUCAAGCAAAAGUUUAGUUCAAAGGUUAAGUGAUUUACAUAACAUUGUGUGUGGUUUUAUUUGUCAACUUUAAGAUUCAGUGUCAGGCGACUACUUAUAAGACAAUUUUAGGUAAGAUUUCUCGUGAAGCAUCUUUUAAAUUCAAACUCAAUGAAUAUAGCUUGCCAACUGCAGCACAUAUCAGGCACUUUUGGUACUCGAAGCUACAUGAAAAAAUAUAUACAGUGCCUAAAUGCCUAAAACAGUUUAGAUUCAUCUUAAAAUCGAAUUUCAAAAUGUAGAUGUAAAUAAGAGUAGAAAAUGCAUUUUCAUUGUAAACUUUUUAAUCUUCAUUUUCAAAAUCAUAUUUAAACAAAUCUGUGUUGAAAAGGUUUUAAUCAAAUUUUAAUAUAUUUUAAACAUUUUUUUCUAGUACAAACUGGACUUUUAAGCAUUUUAAUACAGAUUUGAAGUUUUGCAUUCAGUAAAUGUGGCUUGCUAAAUUAUAUUAAUCUCAGUACAGGAAAUUAGUGUUAAGUUAUAAUAAAUGUUGGUAGUUUUAAACGCAAUGUGGAGAUACAUUUUAAUAUGACUGUGCAAUUACAUACAUAAUUUGCUUAAUUUUCUUUAUUAGGAAAUCAAUAUUUAGGUGUAUAAAUUUUAUAACAAAAUGUAGGUUUAUAUUAUAAAUUGGGGAUAGAAUUCAUUGUUUCUCUGCCCUUUUAAAGAUUAUAAGUAAAAUAAUUUUGUCAUCAAUAUUGCAAAAAAAUAAGGCAGAUAGUGGGGGCAGAGCGACUGACCCAUUUGCUACUUCUGUUGUAACUUCACAUAAACUCCAUUCCAUUAAUAUCAAUUGAUUUAAUUGGAUUUCUGUUUGGUGAUGUCAUUAUCUGUUGUGAGUAGAUUAAUUAAUUGUGAUUUAAGACUAGUUUCUAUAAUUAUUUUUCAAAUUACUUGAUAAUCAAACGGUUGAAUCUGAUCAAUGGAAGUUUAUUUAACUCUAAAUGUGAACAUUUUAGUUGUGAUAUUAUCACUAUUACAUUUUUGUAUACGUUUAUUUUAAUAAGUCACUACGGUGACUUUAAUACUUGACAAUUACUAUUAGUUAUAUAUUUAUAAAAUUAUGAAUAGUAUUCUCCCGUGUGAUGAUUUAAUUGGACACUAAUAAAGGCAUUCUGAAUGUUGUUUUUAUUUUUUAAGUUACAAGUAUCUCCUAGAUUUUAUCAUAAUAUUUAUGAGUUAUAUACAUUUUUUAUGAGCAGUAUUUGAAUUAGUUUGUAAGUUAUUUACUCAAUAUUUUGUUAAGAAUAAACUAUAACAGGUUUCUUUAUUUCGCACACAUGUGAAGACAGUUGUAAUUUCACAAUAGUAUAACAAUAUGUACUAUAUUAUAAUAAUGGUAAAUGUAGAAAACUUCCUAUUAUUUUGUAGUAAAAUUGAGGAAUAAUAAAUAACUUAAAAUGUGUA